GAGACAUGGUGGUGGAGCUCAAGGUGUUUGUGCAGCUGCUGCAGAGAGAGAACUCUGACUUACAGACCAGACUGAGCAGCAGUGAGAGUGAACUUCUUCUCAGCAAGUGCAGGAUUGACCAGCUGGAGAGAGAAAAUGCAGUCCAAGCCACAGACCUGGCAUCUUUGGGAACUAGACUGACUGCCACCGAGAGCAAAACAAGUGACCUAGAAAAAGAGAAUGCAGACUUACAGACCAGACUGAGCAGCAGUGAGAGUGAACUUCUCCUCAGCAAGUCCAGGAUUGACCAGCUGGAGAGAGAAAAUGCAG